AAAAGUGAAAGAAAGAGUGAAGGAGAUUCCAGGAGUAUUUAACUCAGAUAUUGCUUCAGUGUGACAGAACAGUUGAAAGAACUAGGAUACACAGCAGGAAAGGUACAGCUUCAGGACCAGACAAGUGAAUGGACACCUUUUGCAGUCUAAGCGGACUUGAUCCUCUGUGGGACUGGAACCAGACAUGGUACACGCAUAACCCUGAACUGAGCAUCUGCUUCCAGAACACAGUCCUGGUGUGGGCUCCAUGCAUCUACCUGUGGGUCUUCUCUCCGUUCUACUGCCUUCAUUUGUACUGCCAUGGCCAAAAUCGUCUACCACUCUCUUCACUCUGCAAUGCCAAGCUGUUGUUGGGGUUCUUCUUGGCAUCCUUUGGUUUUGUGGAAUUCUUUUACAUCCUGUUGGAACGAAGACAGCAAAUCGAGCAACACCUUGUCUUCUUCAUCAGUCCCAUCAUACGCAGUAUCACCGUGGUGUUAGCUGUGUGUGUGAUUCAUUGGGAGCGAGUGCGGGGAUGUCGUUCCUCUGUCUUCCUGUUCUUCUUCUGGCUGUUGGGCGUGGUGUGCUCCCUGAUUCCACUCCACGCAAAGAUCCAGCUGGCUCUAGAGCAGGGUCUCUCUCAGGAUAGUGUGCGGUAUCUGGCCUUUUUCUCUUACUUUGCCUUGCAGUUGGCACAGCUCUUUCUUAGCUGUUUUGCAGACCGGGCACCCUCAGGCAAAGCUGUCCUCAAGAAUGCAUGUCCUGUUGAUGAUGCAUCAUUCUUGUCCAAGAUCCUCUUUUGGUGGUUUACAGGGUUAGCAUUGAAAGGAUACCGUUCUCCACUGCAAGCAGAAGAUCUGUGGUGUCUGAGGAAAGAGGAUACAUCUAAGAGAAUAUUAUCCGACCUGGAGGAAGAAUGGACAGCGGAGUGCACCAAGUUACAGCAGCAAGAGAACCACCUAAGCACCAGUAUUGCCUUGGGAUCUCGAUUACCAGACCAGGCUCAACUUCUCAGGAAGAUCCAGAAAGAGCAGAGUUCAGGAUUCUGCCUCUUACGAACACUAGCACGUAGCUUUGGACCCUACUUCCUUACUGGGACACUGUGCCUGAUGGUGCAUGAUGCUUUCAUGUUUGCAGUUCCACAGGUUCUAAGUCUGUUGUUAGGCUUUAUGAAGGACGAGGAAGCUCCGCUAUGGAAAGGCUAUUUCUAUGCCUCUCUUAUGUUCCUUCUCUCCUGCCUGCAGUCUGUCUUCAACCACCAAUACACAUACACCUGCUUUACUGUGGGCAUGCGGGUGAAAACAGCAGUCAUGGGUCUGGUCUACAGAAAGUCUCUUGUCAUGAAUAGUGGAGCACGCAGAACAUGCACAGUGGGGGAAAUAGUGAAUCUGGUCUCUGCUGAUACCCAAAAGUUAAUGGAUUUUGUGGUGUAUUUCAAUGCAGUGUGGCUGGCGCCCAUUGAGGUCACACUCUGUCUCUUCUUUCUUUGGCAGCAUUUAGGACCAUCAGCUCUUGCGGGCAUCGCCACAGUGAUCCUCAUUUUCCCUUUGAAUGGAUUCAUUGCAAGGAAGAGAAGCAAACUCCAGGAGAUACAAAUGAAGUACAUGGAUGGACGGGUCAAAUUAAUGAAUGAGAUUCUGAACGGUAUUAAAAUCUUGAAGUUCUACGCUUGGGAAAAGGCCUUUCUGGAGCAGGUUCUGGGAUACAGAGAGAAGGAGCUCAAAACUCUGAAGAAAUCUCAGAUCUUAUACUCAGUGUCCAUUGCCUCCUUCAACUCCUCAUCCUUCCUGAUUGCUUUUGCUAUGUUUGGAGUUUAUGUGCUUAUUGAUGAUAAGAAUGUUCUGGAUGCUCAGAAAAUCUUUGUGUCAAUGGCUAUCAUCAACAUCCUGAAAACUCCACUGAGCCAGCUUCCUUUCGCCAUGAGCACAACCUUGCAGGCUUUCGUCUCUCUCAAGCGUCUGGGAAAAUUUCUCUGUCAAGAUGAACUCAAACCAGACAAUGUAUCUAGAGAUCCAUUUAAAUCCGGUGAGGAUGGUUUAGUGUUUGAGAAUGGAACUUUCAGCUGGUCUAAAGAUGGCCCUCCAUGUCUAAAAAGGAUCAGCAUUAAAGCUCCCUGUGGUUCGCUGGUUGCUGUUGUCGGCCAUGUCGGCAGUGGAAAAUCCUCGCUGCUUUCUGCCAUGCUUGGAGAAACUGAAAAAAGAAACGGGACUGUCUCUGUCAAGGGCUCCAUUGCGUACGUUCCCCAGCAAGCUUGGAUCCAGAAUGCCAGCCUGCAGGACAACAUUCUGUUUGGAAAGGAAAAGAAAGAAAGCUGGUACCAGCGAGUGCUGGAGGCAUGUGCCCUGCUACCUGAUCUAGACAACCUGCCUGCAGGAGAUGCCACUGAGAUCGGAGAGAAGGGUAUAAAUUUGUCUGGAGGACAGAAACAGAGGGUGAGCCUAGCACGUGCUGUUUACCGAAAAGCUGAUGUCUAUCUACUUGAUGACCCUUUGUCUGCUGUGGAUGCACAUGUUGGUCAGCACAUUUUUAACAAAGUCAUUGGACCCAAAGGCAUACUAAGAGACAAGACACGGGUUUUGGUGACCCAUGGAAUGAGUUUCUUGCCUCAGGCUGAUUUGAUCCUGGUUCUGGUAGAUGGGGAGAUCACAGAAAGAGGCUCAUAUCAGGAGCUUUUGAACCGGAAUGGUGCUUUUGCUGAUUUCAUCCACACCUUUGCAAACUCUGAAAGAAAAGAGUGCCUUUCAGAGGCCUUUAAAAGAGGCUCCAGAAAGUCCUUAAGAUUAAGUGUUGCAGACUUCAUGCCAUUCUCCAGGGAUCUGUCCCAAGAGCAGCUCAUUGGUGGUGACACAAACAGCAUUACAAUGCAGAGCGUCAAGCCGCUACCCGAUUCUGAUGAGGACCAAAUCCUAGAAGACCUAGGGAAACUGACUAAGGUUGAUAAAGCACGGAUAGGCAGAGUCAAAAUUGAGAUGUACAUUGAAUACUUCCGCACCAUUGGUUUGCCUUUGAUAGUUUCCAUUGUAUUCCUCUAUGCCUUCCAACAAGCUGCAUCUCUGAGUUAUAAUUACUGGUUAAGCUUGUGGGCUGAUCAGCCUGUCAUCAAUGGCACUCAGUUAAACAUGGAUCUGAAACUGGGAGUGUAUGGAGCUCUUGGUUUUGCUCAAGGAAUCGCCAUAUUCGGUACAACUGUGGCCAUCUCCUUAGGGUGCAUCAUCGCGUCCCGUCAUCUUCACCUGGAGCUUCUAAACAACGUACUUCACUCCCCCAUGUCAUUCUUUGAGUCCACCCCUAGUGGCAACCUCCUCAAUCGCUUUGCAAAAGAGAUAGACGCCAUAGACAAUAUGAUCCCAGAUGGGCUAAAAAUGAUGCUGAGUUACUUCUUCAAACUAAUGGAAGUCUGUAUCAUCGUGCUGAUGGUCACUCCUUUUGCUGCUGUUAUCAUCCUCCCUAUGGCAUUCCUCUAUGCUUUUAUACAGAGUUUCUACGUGGCCACAUCCUGCCAACUGCGGCGGCUGGAGUCAGUGAGUCGUUCUCCCAUCUACACACACUUAAACGAGACUGUGCAGGGUGCCAGUGUCAUCCGGGCAUUCAAUGAACAGUCACGCUUCAUCAUGGGCGCCAAUCACAAGGUGGAUCGUAACCAAGCUGCUUACUUCCCCCGUUUUGUAGCCACAAGGUGGCUGGGUGUGAAUCUGGAGUUUCUGGGUAAUGGCAUUGUUCUUGCUGCUUCGAUUCUUUCUGUGAUUGCAAAAGGAACCCUGAGUCCUGGGAUGGUUGGUCUGGCUGUGUCACAUUCACUUCAGGUGACAGGAUUCCUGAGCUGGAUUGUAAGGUCAUGGACAGAUGUAGAGAACAACAUUGUGUCGGUUGAGAGAGUAAAGGAGUAUGCAGACACACCGAAAGAGGCAGCAUGGACCAUAGAAGGAAGUUCUUUGCCAACAUCUUGGCCUCAAACAGGGACAAUAGAGUUUCAUGAAUAUGGUCUUCAAUACCGCAAAGGCCUGGAGUUGGCCUUGAAGGGCAUCUCUGUCCGAAUCCAAGAGCGAGAGAAGAUUGGUAUUGUGGGAAGAACUGGUGCUGGAAAGUCAUCUUUGGCUCUUGGAAUUUUUCGGAUCUUGGAAGCAGCAAAAGGAGAGAUCUACAUUGAUGGAAUCAAUAUUGCAGAAAUCGGGCUUCAUGAUCUAAGAUCCCGGAUCACCAUCAUUCCACAGGACCCUGUGCUGUUUUCUGGAUGUCUCCGAAUGAACCUUGAUCCGUUUGAUACCUACUCUGAUGAGGAGGUGUGGAAUGCCCUGGAACUGGCUCACCUUAAAAACUUUGUGUCAAAUCUUCCCGAUAAACUCAAUCAUGAGUGCUCAGAGGGAGGAGAAAACCUAAGUCUCGGUCAGAGGCAGCUGGUAUGCCUAGCAAGAGCUCUUCUCCGAAAGACAAAAAUAUUGGUGUUGGAUGAGGCAACAGCUGCGUUGGACCUGGAGACAGACACCCUGAUCCAGUCUACCAUCCGCAGCCAGUUUGAAGAUUGUGCUGUUCUUACCAUAGCACACCGCCUCAAUACCAUUAUGGACUACACAAAGGUAAUUGUUAUGGAUAAGGGACAUAUACUGGAGAUGGAUUCUCCCACCAACCUGAUAGCAAAGAGAGGCCAGUUUUACUACAUGUGCAGAGAAGCUGGGCUCUUGUGAACUUGUGGCCGGACGCUGACAUCGGAAACCAACUGUCUUCUGGCGCCCCCUUGUGGUGAAAGUGAAGAACCUGCAGCCUCUCGGUAAUUCAUGUAAGACGCACAGAGUGGACCUCAAAUUACCCACCAACUGGUGCUUCACAAGGGAAAAAAACUGGAGACUUGAAGUCCAAUUUACAACACACCUACAUAUAGAAGUGGUUAUCUUGAUAAGUUGUUACUAAAGCUAAGACGUAACCAUCUACUCAGGUUUACAGCCUUCACCAUGGGCAUAGUAACUCUAAGCAGCUAUUUAGGAAUACGAAUACUUAGGAAUACUUUACCAUUCCUGCUCAGAUUUCAGGUUCUCCUGUCAGAAGAUAAAGGUGCUUUUAACUUUGUUUGUAGGGUUACACAAUAUAAAGGUUUAGUUUAUUGAAAUCUGUAAAUAUUACACCAAAUAAAAUGAAAGUAUCUAUUCUAACUAUGCAUAGAACCUAUGGUGAAAGAAUGUGAAAAGCUGACAUGCAAAAUAUAUAUAUUUUUUAUAAGUAACUUUGGAACAAAUCAAAGAAGGCAAUUCUAUAAGCUCUAGUUGUUCCAUACAAAGUUCUCUUUGUAGUAUUCCAGACUGUAAGUUAUGUGAAGAAUCAUAAAAAAGAGGACAAAUAUGUUUACAAACAUAUUGCCACAUAUAUUGACCUGAAAUUCCAUGAAAAAUACCAGACUCCCACUUAGACACCAAUUAAAGCUUUAACGAGAGGGUUUAGGGAGCAAAACAAUAUGGUCGCCCAAGUAGUGUUUGUUCGUUUCAGCCAAAGGAAACAUAAAUGGGCAAUAAUGGCUGGAUGAAAGAACAUGCAAUCUGUACACUAUAAGAUGGUGUUAAUGAAACAUCUCAAAUAAACUGCUGAAUGAUAAAAUAGUUGCAGUUUUAAUAUCUUAAGAAAUAUUGUUUACCUCAGUUUUAUUUAGCAGUGUUGCACUUCACAGAGUUCCCACUCUUUUCAAGGCACAAUUUUCCAGGAUAUUUCCAGGGCAUUUUGUGCCCAACAGGUGUAAUAUUUAAACAAAAACACACGAGUGGUCGUUAUGUAGUGGUUAUUGUAUGGUUAUUUUUCCUAAUUCCGUAUUUGAGAGUUUAAUAAAAAUGUAUUAGCAACCGGUGUCUAAUAAAAUCAUUUAAUACAAACGUAUAGGCCUAUAUAAUAAAACUUAUAUCAAAUAAAAACAGAAUUAUAUUAAUUCAUUACAUUUUUCAACAUAAAAUUGGAUUGUUUUAUCAAAUGAAGUGUCUCUCCUAAUUCAAAAUACAGUGAAAAUACUUUGUUUUUUUGCCCAUUUCACGUGUUCAUUUAAAUCGAGCUUUUAUUUUGACAUUUCUGUGUAUUUUUGUCCUUAGUCUCACUUCCAGAUAAACAGUUCCCAACAUAGCCUUGUGUGAUUAUCAAACCCCAAACAAGGACACACACACACACACACACACACAGCGUGGGAUGAUCAUGAUGAGGUGUUUUCAGUGUAAGAGUGGUGGCUUCACACAUUCACUUUAAAGCACGCAGAACAUGAAGAUUAUAUAUUUAUUUAAAUUGCAGCCUUUUAUGGUUUAAUAAACUAGGACAUAUCAUGAUGUUAAUGUAAUUGUGCAUUUAAACAUUUAUUUUCAUCCCUAAUAUGUUAUAUGGCAUUUUUACGACUAAUAUCAGCAAUUACGUCCUCAUAUAUACAAAAUUAAUUCCGAAGGUCUUUUUAAUAAUUUACAACUCAAAUGUUUUGUAGUUAACAAUACAGCAUUGUUGGAAUGAAACCAUAUUUUCCACGGUGUCAUCAUCCCAUCAUUAUAAUUAUGAGUAAAAGGUUCAGAUUUGUAUGAGACAGGGCUGUUCAUGUCAAUCAACUGAUGAUGUUGUUUACCAAUGUGAAGAAUCUGGCAGUGACAAAUCUGGUGUUUGACAUCUAUCCGGAGUCUCGAUCAUUACAAUGUUUCUGUGCAUGUUACAAAAACCUUGUUAGUGAUAGUCAAACAUUUUUUAUAUUAUAAAAUAUUUUCCAGGACACGUGGGAACCCUGACAAUUUGAGAAAUCUCAAUGUUAUACAAAUUCUGUAAGUUACUGUAGAUACUUAGAAUAUACUUUAAACUUAAAAAGUGGACUUGAAAAGACAAUGCAUCUAAUAACACUAUGCAAUAAAGCUACAUGUGUGACGUGUACAUUUGAGUGUCUUUAUGACACUCCAUACUUUAUAUAUUUAAUCUUUGACACUUCAUCUUAUGUUUUUUAUGUUAAUAAAGAAUUUUUGAC